AUGGUCUGUGCAGAGUUAGUCCAACUUUGUAGCGUCCUUGGAACUUGUGUUGGUCUGGGACAAGAACUACCACGAAACCAAUAUGGACGAACAGCUAAAGAGGUGAAACGCCUGAGUCCUUUCGGGGUGCGUCUGCGAGUGACCUUCCGGAAGCAAUCUCUUAGCAUACUCAUCAAUCCUUUUACCAUCGAGAGUUACAGUGGUCGUACUACAAUAACUGACCUAUUAGCCACGACUGAGAAUGACCAGCCAAAAUGUGGCCACGGGAAGUUCUCUGUCCGACCUGGUGGCUAUUUGUACCAACCUGGCCGUUGUCCGAGUGUAGUCAGCUUCGGAAGUAAGAAAUCACUUCGCAAAGUACAGUUCCAAUGGACGCCACCUCGAUGUGCCUGUGCAACCAUCAGAAUUACUGUAAAAUCUAUCCAAGGUUUCUACUACUCCGGUAAUACCCCCGACGAUGCUCUCUAUCGAAGUAUAUGUCCCAAAGACAUGACACUAAGAAAACCAGCCAAAAUUCCAAUGAUGACUCUCGAGGAGGAAGUGACCAAAAUGAAGCGGGAAUCUCUCUCGCAGCUUUGCCAUCAUGUCGAAGAAGAAAGAACGAGCGAUUCGUUUCCGGUGAAUUUCUUGGAACCCCGCCAAUUGAAUGAUCUCGAGAAAUCCGACCCACGGUGGGAUAUUCUACAGUUGGCACUUGAACAGCGUAGAAUUGAAGUGCAAACGUGCUGUGGGAUUACGGACACUUUCAAUCGUCAAGAAUGUUUUGAGGAUAUCCGUAGAAACAGGAUUGACCAGUUGUGUGGUGAUGGGUACCCGGCCGUACCAUACGCCAAACAUCGUGAAUCCUGGAUGAGUACCCGACAAGAAACAUGCUGCUAUGAACUUGCUGAGAGCCGUUACGAAUGCUUUGCCAAAAACUCCGCAGAACGAAGCUCUCACAGUCCAGAUCACAUCGCGUUUUUCGACGAAACCCAUCCAUUGGUUGAUUUAGAAUAUUACCAAACAAACCCGCUGGCCAAUACUAUCAAGAUGCCGGUUUCUGUUGCACUGAAGGACUUCGAGUCGGUCAACGUUUACCCACGUCUAGUUCAAGAGUGACCCUACGUAAGUUCUGUAAUAUUGUGCGCACCCAAUAUCAAGAUGCGAAUCUUCAGAGAGACCAAUCAGCGUGCUCGAAGGCCUUUCUUAACUGCUGCAUCCAAUCAGCAACCAAUGAACGAGGAAUCCCAACUACCACCGUGGGGCCAACAGAGCAAAGUCAAAGCAGAAAACGUCGAGGUCGAAAAGGCAAAGUGUUAAAACAACGGAAAACGCCCCAAAAAGCCAGUCGUCUUCAAAGAAGAGAUAAGUUUUCAAGUGACAUCGAAAAUGGCGGUGGUGUUAGUGAAAGGUUUAAUUCUGGCAUUGACGGCAUGACCACCACUGAUGAACGCAAAAGGCGAGUCGCAAACGGACACAGAGGUUUAGAAAAUUUCUAUGAUGGAAAACCCACGGGAAAUAAGAGCAGAGGUAAAGCGAGGAAACUGCGAGGAAGUCGUGAAGAAUAUGAUGAUGGUAUAGAUGGUGAUGAUGAUAGUGAUGAUGAUGGUGAUGAUGAUGGUGGCGUUGAUAAACUCUACAAUUAUGACGAUGAUGGUGCUGAUGGUGAUGAUGAUAAUGAUAAUGUUGAUGAUAUUAAUACCGAUAAAAAUGAGAAACCGGAAGCGGAAGUGAAGAAAAUGAAAACGAAGAGAGAAAAGAAAGAAAAGAAAGAAAAGAAAGAAGAGACUGGAAUGAGAGAAGAAGAAGAAGAAGAAGAAGAAGAAGAAGAAGAAGAAGAAGAAGAAGAAAAAGAAGAAGAAGAAGAAGGAAAGAAGAUAAAGGAAAGAGUGAAGAUUCCGAAGAACGGACGAAAUCGCCAGUUCCUGAAAAAUCGAAAGGCGUCCAAUAAAAGCAGAAAAGGAAAACAUCGCAGGUUAAAAUCGAACAGACGCCGCCGUCAUUGAAACAAUCGCUAUUGAAUCUAAACAACACCCACACACACAUUGUGGGUGGGUGUG